CAAACAGGUGGAGAAAACAGCAAAUGGUAGUAUUGUAGAAUUGUAACAUAACCAUUCGAUUAAACUCAUUACCGUAUGUCAAAAUGUUGUCAAUGAAUAACGUUGUUUGUUUAUUCGUCGUCAUACUAUACAGUAAUAUAGUACUGUGUGAUGAUCUAAAGGAAGACAACAUAGACCGAGGUGCGCAUAGCGACAGAAAUGGAUUGUGGUUUGGACCUAGACUGGGCAAAAGGUCAUUGUCGAUUUCACACGAAGACAACAGACCAUUCCUAAGAUUAUUAGAAGCUGCCGAUGCACUGAAAUAUUACUAUGACCAACUACCGUACUACGAAGCACAAGCGGACGAGCCCGAAGCAAAAGUUACAAAGAAGGUGAUAUUCACGCCCAAAUUGGGUAGAAGCCUGGACGGCUAUUCGGACAAACAGGCGUAUGAAAACAUAGACUUCACCCCUCGACUGGGGAGGAGAUUGGCUGAUGAUAUGCCUGCUACUCCACCAGACCAGGACUUAUACAGACCAGAUCCCGAGCAACUCAGCAGGAAGUAUUUCUCACCAAGGCUGGGAAGGAAUGUCAAUCUGACUCCGAGACUUGGCCGUGAAUUGUAUGAAAUAUAUCCAGGCAAAAUAAGGGUCGUCAGAAGCGCAAACAAAACAACCUCGUCGUAACUUUAAAAUAUGCCGAUUUUAAACUUAAUUAAGUGUUUUAUAUAAUUAUUUGGACGAAGUAAAAGUUUAUGACAUCAAAAUUGUAAUUUAUUAAAUUAUAAAUAAAUAAAUAUGUGAUACAAGACACUGAAA